GUGGAUGUUCAGAAGCAGGUUCUCUUACGUCAGUCUGUGAUGUUACCACUGGUUUGUGUCGGUGUAAACCCUAUGUCCGGGGAUCGAAAUGUGACCAGUGCAAGCCCAAUACCUUCAAUGUGGACGGGAAUUAUCCCAAAGGAUGUCAGUAUUGCUUUGGCUAUGGCCAUGCAAGUGGAUGUACCUCCGCCUCUGGUUUUGUUGCCACUAGGAUUGAAACUGAGUUUACAACAAGAAGUAAUCAUGGAUGGUCUACCGUAGAUGAGCAAGACAAUCCUGUCAGAAAUCUCACCCUUCUAGCCAAUGGAAGUCUUAUAGUUUCACCUCCUCCCUCUCAAACUGUUGUCUAUCUUUCUGCACCAGCUAAUUUUCUUGGAGACAGAUUAUGGUCCUACAAACAGAGGCUUGAACUUGAAAUGGCCAUUAGUCCUGGAGGUAACGAAAUCUUUAAAGCUAGUGACGUCAUGCUAGAAGGGCGUGGUCGUAAUGUAACACUGUUUAUGACACCCUCGCCAUCACCUGAUACGAAUUCCUACCACGUGGUAUUGGAUGAAGAACACGUGACCCCGUCCAAUUCUGUCACACCUUUUGAAUUCCAGUCCAUUCUCACUAAUCUGACGUCAAUCAAAGUGCGGGCACUUUACUUUCCGGGAGGCUCUGUAUCUUUCAAAAGAAUAUCUCUCGCUCAUGCUGUUAAGAACGAAACAGUUCCAGAAAACAUGCAAGUGAGGUUUGCGGAAAAUGCAUCAUGCCAUCAGAAUUACAGUGGACUCUCCUGCGAGACAUGCGCACCAGGCUACAAACGAGAGAUUCUUGGUGACAGUCCUUUUGGUCGCUGUGUGUUAUGCUCAUGUAACGGACGCAGUACUCGGUGCCACCCGGAUACCGGAGUGUGUACGAACUGUGAAGUAGGUACCUAUGGUGACCGCUGUGAACACUGUACUAAUAAUGUGCAAGGUCCGGACUGUACCCGCUGUAAGACAGGCUACUGGGGACUCUCAAGGAGUGGUUGUAGAGCUUGCAACUGCAGCGCUAUUGGUACCUUAUAUGGUAACACCUCAUUGUGUGACGAGGUCACUGGUCAAUGUUCUUGUAACGCGUCCAUGAACGUGGAAGGUCGGGCAUGCGACAGGUGUAAAGAGACAGCUUAUAGUGUCUCUGGCAACAGUAUUUCUGACUGCCGCGAGUGUCCAUCUUGCUACAAAUUCAUCCAAUCAGAUGUUCACAAACUAAGACCACAGGUAGCCCAAACACAAAACCUAAUAACACGAAUUGCACAGCAUCCCGUGAUGCUUUCCAACAAGAACUUCGCCCUGCGCUUCAACGAGUCUGUCCGAGAGGUCAUCAGCCUAGUAGGACACGCUUCUGUUGCUGCUCAAAAUGACAGCGCCUUCCGAGUACACUGGACAGCACUAGGCCAGGCUUUUGAUUCGUUAGAAUCACUAGUUAAGAAUAAUUUAAGUGAGACUGUGAACGCGUCGUCCUUGGUUGCAUUGUCGGCUCGAUCAAACUACCAAGUCAUAAAAGAAACCAUUACCAAGGUAGUUGGCCUUGUUAAGAAGGCUUACAGGGUGUUGAAUACGACUGUCGAUCAGAGGACAAGACUGGUUGGCGCACAGCUGGACUUGCUGAAAGAAAUGGCCGUCAACUUGGACAACCUUACCAGACAAGCUCUUCAUCUGGAGAAUUCAACCCUACACGCUAACACGACCAUACAUUCAGGAUCGCAAUACGCUGUUGCACGAGCUAACCUUACUGCAAUAAACGCCCGCACUGUACAGGAAAGUGAAGACGAGUUAAGUCCCUACCUUGAACCUUUACUAAGGAACGCCACAGAAACAAAGCGUCUAGGUGAGAAAGCCGUUGCGGAGAGCCUGGAGAGACUAGAGAAAGCUAGUUCCUUGUUGAACCAGACGAGAUCUCUUGCUUCAAUGGCUGCAACACCGAAUCCUGAUAACACAAGGACUUUAAAUGACUUGAAUAUGUACCUCAGCAACCUCGACGCAACCACAGCAAGAUACCUGAACAAUACUCGUACCAUCUUUGAAUCCAGUCGUCCUGUUGUGGCCCAGGUGAACUCGGCCGUCGUUCGUGCGCAAGAUCUGGUAUCGAAAGUCUCCCAGGUUGUAGAGAAUUCCACAGCCCAAGCUGCCAGUGCAGAGUCGUCCAAUCAGAUUGCGAAUAGUGCGAUCAAUCAAGCCAAUCAAGUGCACCAUGACGCGACAUAUAUGUUAGAUGUGAUUAAGAAUUUUGAAAGCGUCUCACACGAAGCGAUUCUUAGAGCGAAUGCGUCACUAAGCAAGACGGACACCUUGGAACAACAGCUCUCUGAAGUGAUUGGUAAUGCCUCGUCAAUCAGCGUCGAUGUUCAGGAUUCGGUCAAUGCUUCAAUGCGUGCGAUACAACUGGGAGGACUGUCUUACCAUCUCGCUGAUAAUGAGUCUAAGGUUAUUUCAGAAGAAUUUGUCCGCGUGAAGAAACUCGAGAACGAUUCACACCAAGCAGACAUUCUUCUUUCCAACCAAUCCUUACGCGAAUACAUAAAACGUCAUAUCGAACCUAAAGAAAACACAUGCCGCAACUUAACCAACAAAGCUACCAACCUCUCUACACAAGCCAACGCAUUGCUACACCUUGCCAACGAAACGAACUCCAAAGCUCAACGCGUUGUGGAACAGACGCAAAGAGCACUCAACGAAAGUAAAGUUCUGGCCUUGGAUGACCCGAACAACAGUAUACCCGAGCUGAACCAAGCAAUAGCCAAGGUACGAGAAAGUUUUGCCGCUCUUAAUCUUACUGCUAAUAUUACACAGCUUAGGGAUAGCAUACAAAUCCACAAAAGCAAGUUCCAGCAGAAUCAGCUUAGGAAAAAUACUUUGAUGUUAGAGAUCAAACGAGUAAGGCAGUUGAUUGACUCGUUUAAAGAAGUCAACAGAGAAUGCCAGAAAUAGAGCUAAUGAUUCAGUACAAUAAAAAACACAAUUUUAGAAGCAUAAGGCAGAUACAUUUUGUUAAUUUGUUUUAAGAUAUUUACUGCUUUGGAGUCUAACUAUAAAGUCCGCGAAAAAAUAGGCUAAAUUUAGGUUAGACAAGUCAAAUACGCACGAAAAAAACUUUCUUAAACUUGGAGCAUAUCGCUA